UCACCGUCAACAACAACUGUAACAAAAAAACUCACAAAAAACCUGAUAUAUAAUCUUCAUCAGAUGAGUAUUCUUCUCAAGAACAUACAUUCUCUGCUCAUGGAGGUAUCACGAAACAUAUCGUGGCCAUUUUCUAGAUCAAGAACCCAUGUUUUUUUUGUUUCUUUAUUUCUUCUUGGUUUAGUUUCUUACAUGUCUGCAAGAAAUUCACCUGCUGUUGUUGGUGGUGGUAUUACAACAAUUACUUCUUCUACAAGAAUUAUUUUCUCAAAUAUUAUGUCUUCUAAAUUCAUCUUUAAUUACACUCAAAAUAAUCAAACUAUUUCUUUUGAAUAUACUCAUCAAAAUCAAACCCAGAAUAGUUCUAUCCCUGUUGAAGAAACCCACAAAAAUUCAACCAAUUCUGUUCAGUUGAAGCCUCAGAAUUCAACGAUGACAAACUUUUCUUCUGUUCAAUUGAAGCCCCAGAAUUCAACCAAUUCUGUUCAGUUGAAGCCUCAGAAUUCAACGAUGGCAAACUUCUCUUCUGAUCAAUUGAAGCCCCAGAAUGCAACAGCAGCUAGGAAGUUUAGUUUGAUUGAGAAUCUGAAAUCUUGUGAUAUUUUUAAUGGAAGAUGGGUUCUUGAUGAUUCGAAGCAAAACCCAGCAGCUUAUGAACCUGGGUCUUGUCCAUUUCUUGAUGAUGCUUUCAACUGUUUCAAAAAUGGAAGACCUGAUUCUGAUUACUUAAAACUACGGUGGAAACCCCAUGGUUGUCAAAUUCCAAGGUUGAAAGGGCAAGAUAUGUUGGAGAUGUUGAGAGGAAAAAGACUGGUGUUUGUUGGAGAUUCACUGAAUAGGAAUAUGUGGGAAUCACUUGUUUGUACUUUAAGAAAUUCAUUGACAGAUAAAAACAAAGUCUUUGAAGUUUCAGGAAAACGUGAAUUCAGAACUCAAGGAUUCUAUUCAUUCAGAUUUCAAGAUUAUAACUGUUCAGUGGAGUUCAUUCGAUCACCAUUCCUAGUCCAAGAAUGGAAAAUGCCUGAUAUGGUUGGUGGUCGUAAAGAGACCCUUCGGCUGGACAUACUCCAAAAAUCAUCGCUGAAAUACCAGGACGCUGAUAUACUCAUCUUCAAUACUGCUCACUGGUGGACGCACGAAAAAACUUCUCAAGGGAAAGAUUAUUACCAGGUAGGCAACCAUGUAUACCACAAGCUAGACAUGGCAGAAGCAUAUACAAAAGCUUUAAGAACAUGGGCUCAAUGGGUAGACUCGAAUAUCGAUCCACUUCGUACUCGAGUCUUCUUUCGAGGGUACUCUGCUUCUCAUUUCAGAGGGGGGCAAUGGAAUGCAGGAGGGAGUUGUGAUGGGGAAACUGAACCAAUAAAAAAUGACAAUUACCUAGUACCUUACCCACAGAUGAUGAGUAUACUUGAAACAGUGAUUAAGGAAAUGAAAACACCCGUUUUCUAUCUCAACAUCACUAGAAUGACCGACUACAGGAAAGAUGCUCAUCCUUCUAUAUAUAGACAGCCUGCAACUCAGAGAAAGCCUGGUAUGUUCCAGGAUUGUAGCCAUUGGUGUCUUCCUGGUGUGCCAGAUACGUGGAACGAGCUCCUCUACGCCUCACUUCUGAAGUCAGGAUUUUCAACUUGAAGAAUUCACCAAGCAAGAGAGCAAGCAACCAAGAUUGUAGCAAUUGGUGUCUUCCUGGCGUACCAGAUAUGUGGAAUGAACUCCUCCGUGCUGCACAGCACUUUCAAAGUCAGCAAUUCUGAAAUGAUUGAUUCAGCAAGCAAAGCAAGCACAUAUGAUUUUGCUGGAGUUACAAUAUUAACUGUACAUCUUUUGAUGUUUUUGUUUAGAAUCUUAACUGUUUAGAUGGGAACUCAUAUGAGAAAUUACAUGGAGUUUUAGGGUUACUUUCUA